UCAUAUCAUAUAAUAAGUCAGAUAACACACACAGGUGGUGUAAUACGUGCAGCCAUACGAAGAUGUACAAACACUUCAUAGCUAAAUCAGCUCACCAAUUAGUAACACAGUUGAGUCAAAGUCCUCCAGUAACUCAGUCACUCCAGAGUCCUCCAGUCACUCUUUAUAGCCAACAUAAACUUCAUCAAAGGCUGAAAGGUCAAAUCUUGUCAACGUGCGCAUUUAAACCAAAGCUGCAACAUUUACUUGGUGACACUCGGCAUGAUGAAGAAGACGGUGCUGUUACUGUGUGGACUUGUGGCUCUAGCCACUUCAUAUACUAUACCUGUGUCCCCUGAGGUACACGAAGUGUAUGAGAAUGGUGAGGAUGAGAACCCCAUCCUAAACCUCGAUUCGGAUGCCAACCUGUUUGAAGGGGACAUUUUAAUUCCAAAAGGAAGGAAUGCCCUGAUUGACAAAACAUACAGAUGGAAAUUUCCAAUCCCUUACAUUCUGGGCGACGAUUUGGAUCUGAAUGCCAAGGGCUGUGUCCACCAGGCUUUUGAGAUGUAUCGACUGAAGUCUUGUGUUGAUUUCAAGCCAUAUGAGGGAGAGAAGACAUACAUCAAGUUCGAGAAGAGAGGAGGGUGUUUCUCCUCAGUUGGAGACCAGCAGACCGGUCAGAUUCUGUCUUUGGGGUCUGGCUGUGACCACAAGGCAGUGAUUGAACACGAACUGCUCCACGCUCUGGGAUUUUACCAUGAACAGUCCCGUACCGACAGGGAUGACUAUGUUUAUAUUUGGCUGGAUCAGGUUACACCAGGACUCCAACACAACUUCAAUAAAUACAACGAUGACUUCAUCACCGAUCAAAACACGGCGUACGACUACGAGUCUGUCAUGCAUUACAGGCCCUUCUCAUUCAAUAAGAACGAAUCUAUCCCCACCAUCACCACCAAAAUCCCAGAAUUCUACAACAUCAUUGGACAGUACCUCGACUUCAGCGAGAUGGACACCCUCAGGCUCAACCGGAUGUACAACUGCUCUGGUCCACUCACCUUGCUGGACCAGUGCACCUUUGAGCAUACCAGCAUCUGUGGGAUGAUCCAGCCCUCCUCUGAUGAUUCUGACUGGGUCCAUACCAAGAGCACUGUGGGUGCUGAGGAUCACACACUUCUGGGGAAAUGCAGAGAUGCUGGGUAUUUCAUGCACUUCAGUACCAUGGCUGGGCAAGCUCAGGAGUCUGCUCUGCUGGAAUCCCGAACCCUCUACCCCAAGAGGAAGCUUCAAUGUCUGCAGUUCUUCUACAAGAUGACUGGAAGCUCCAAGGACAGGCUGGUGAUCUGGGUCAAGAUGGAUGAUGGAACAGGCACCGUUCGUAGGAUGAAGAAAAUACACACCUUUUAUGCGGAUUCUGACCACACAUGGAAGAUUGCCCAUGUCCCAGUGGAGGUAGGGGUGAAAUUCCGCUAUGCUUUCCAAGGCAUGCGUGGUGAUCCCUCUGCAUCCACUGGUGGCAUCUACAUUGACGACAUCAGCCUUACUGAGACACGCUGUCCCAACGCUGUGUGGAGGAUCCAGAACUUCUCCAAGAUCAUGGAAACAGCUGACACCAACACAAUUAUUGACAGUCCUCGUUUCUACAGCCCUGAAGGCUACGGUUACGGUGUCCGUAUUAUGCCUUUGACAACUUACGCUGAUUACACGGGGAGAUACACUGGGCUGUACUUCCACCUGGCCAGUGGGGAAAAUGAUGCGGUGCUGCAGUGGCCAGCUGUAAACAGACAGGCCACCUUGGUGGUGAUGGACCAAGACCCAGACAUUAAGCUGAGGAUGUCUACUGCUCGCAGCCUCACAACAAAUACGAUGACUACAUCAGAUGGAAAGUUGUUAUGGGACAACCCCUCCAAGGUAGGGACAUAUGAUCCUUCCUGCAAAUGCUACAGAGGUCAAUCAUGGGGCUGGAGAAACUUUGUCAAGCACUUUGAUCUCAGACGACGUAAUUAUCUCAAGAAUGAUGACCUCAUCAUCUUCAUCGACUUUGAGGAUAUAUCAUCACUGAUCAAAACAGAAGUUCCCAUUGAGCCAAAGGAGUAAAGCCACACUGGAUUUAAUAACAUGAUUAACUGAAGAUACACCAUGUGGAGCUGGGAUUAAAGAACAAGUGAAGAUGAAGAAAGGAUGGAAGAUUGCUGCGCUGAUGGAAUAUCAGAAUUAUACACAAACCCUAAAAUGUAAAGUUCUAUCUUGUUUAUAAUUUAAAAAUAACAUUUGAAAUAUAGCCAUCAUUUUCAUUUUGUGCAACAAAGUUCUUUCCAUUGAACUGUUCAAAUAAAAACUAUUCAAUUUGUUUUUGUGAUGCAAAAAUGGCUGCCAUGUGAAUAACAUUAGAGCCAAUGAAAUAGUGUAAUUAAAUCAAAGCUUGUAUUGACAUUUGGUUGUAAUUUGUGUAAACUGGUACUGUAAGUUAACAUAAUAAAAAAAUAAUCAAC